UGCUCUCAGUCUGACGGGGGCGCCAAUUCAUAGCGUCUUAUCACCCUAACUUAACUAUCAACCAAAAAGUAGACUAGACUGAUAAAAACUUCUCGCAGAGUAAUGGCGACUUGGGGCAGAUUAGGCGUUAGUUGGCGGAGUACAGUGAGACGUUUCUGGCCUCUCAGAAACACAGGGCAUGGUCGUGCUGUUGGAGCGGGUCUUCUGGGCUCUGUUGUAGCAAGCGGAUUUAUCCACUAUAAAACUGAACCGCGACGCAGACUCUGGCCACACAUCGUGUACGCGGAGGACGCGAAGAAAGAGGAGAUCAGAGUACCACCGGUGUCCAUGAGACGCCUGAGGUUUAACCAGUUUGCCUCCAUAAUCUAUGAAGAGGAGCCAUACAUGACACCCAGAGACUUCCUCCAUUCAGUCAUGAUGGAGAAGGUGGACUGCAAACUACAGAAAAAGAUGCUGACUAAAGCAGAUCUGGACAAUAUGAUAAGGGUGGCUUCCAGGGCUGAGGCUGGAAACAACAUGUUCAGAGGAAUCGGAGACAAAGGGCUGAUCUCUUACACAGAGUACCUGUUUCUCCUCACUAUUCUCACAAAACCUCAAGCGGGAUUUCAUAUUGCUUUCAAAAUGCUUGAUGUUGAUGGCAAUGAGCAUGUGGACAAGAAGGAAUUUCAGAAGCUGAAGAAAGUAAUUCGACCGAGGAAAGAGCUUCUAAGGCAGGAUGGGACAGAGCUUUCAGACGGUGUUGAUGAGGUCAACACUACACUACAGGUGUUCUUUUUUGGGAAAAAUGGCAAGGAAAAACUCCAACACAAAGAUUUCUGCAGGUUUAUGGAAGACCUGCAGGCAGAAGUGCAAGAAGUUGAGUUUCUGCGGUUUUCUAAAGGGAUGAAGACUAUGAGGCAGGAGGACUUUGCUGAAUGGCUGCUUCACUUCACCAAUGAAGAGAACAAUGAGGCAUACUGGGACAACAUGAAAAAGAGGAUCCCCACUGGACAGAGCAUCACCUUUGAUGAAUUUAAAGCAUUCUGUCUCUUUAUCAACAAUCUGGAAGACUUUGCCUUCUCAGUCAAAAUGAUUAAUGAUGCCAGCAGGCCAAUAGGAAUGGCUGAGUUUAAGCGAGCAGUGAAGAUAGCGACAGGCCAUGACCUUUCAGAGAACGUUUUGGACACAGUUUUUAAGAUCUUUGACCUGGACGGGGACAACUGCCUGAGCCAUAAAGAGUUCCUCGCUGUGAUGAAAGACCGAGUACUUCGUGGACUCCGGGUUCAGCCCCAACAUGGUAUUUUUGGUUAUUGGAAAUGUGUGAAAAGAGAGACACUGCAAGGAGCUCAAGAGGCUCUACGUGAAACCGGCAGCCCAUUCUGACACUGGAAGAGGUCCGCCUUUGAGUGUGUGGCUGGUCAGUUGUGGUAAUACUUGCAAUUCCAUAUAAGUCUGGGGAGGAGAAUGGUACAUAAUUAAUUGCAAGCACCGGGGACUGUUAUUUGUACUGUCAGUAAACUUUACAAUGGUUACAUGGUACAAAGAAAAUAUUGCUUUUGAAGUGAUGUUGCUGUUGGCCCAAAACAUAAAAAAAGAAACAAUAUUAAUAUAAAAAUUGGUGAUUUCAUAUUAUGAACUUUAUUGGAAAUCUGUGAUAUGUUUUUCUUUGAAUUUGUGAAAUGGCCUGUGAACACUCCAACAAGAUUACACUGUCAGUUCAUGAUUUUUCUUGUGUGGAUAACGGUUUAAUAGGAAACACACUGUUAAUUAUAUAUAGACUUAAUUUUACUUUGGAUGUGGUGUUGUUAACUUGUCAGGAUUCUGGACUGUCUAGGUUGUGUUUUGGCCCGUUUCUGUUCUAGUGUUCCCUUAUUUGGUCUUGUUCCUGUCCUUGUUAAGUUUAAUUAGUCAUCCCAUGCACCUGUGUUUUCCCAAUUUUCCUGUGUAUUUAGCCCCAGUCUGUGCAGUCUGUGUUUGUUGGUUCUAAACGUCACUGUGCUACGUGUGACUCCUGGCUACCCUGUGGAUCAUUAAAGACUGUUCUGUGUGAAA